AUGAGCUCUGAUGCGGAGAUGGUCAUUUUUGGAGAAGCAGCUCCCUACCCGCGGAAAUCAGAGAAGGAGAGAAUCGAGGCUCAAAAUCGCCCAUUUGAUUCUAAGAAGGCUUGCUUUGCAGUGGAUGAUAAUGAAUUUUAUGUGAAAGGUAUGAUCCAGAGCAAGGAAAAUGACAAAGUCACAGUCAAGACCCUCGACGACCAGACACUCACUCUGAACAGUGAACAGGUGUUCCCCAUGAACCCUCCCAAAUUUGACAAGAUCGAGGACAUGGCCAUGAUGACCCACCUGCACGAGGCAGCAGUGCUGUACAACCUCAAAGAGCGUUACGCAGCCUGGAUGAUCUACACCUACUCGGGCCUCUCCUGUGCCACCGUCAACCCCUACAAGCGGCUGCCGGUGUACAACCCCGAGGUGGUGACGGCCUACAGAGGCAAAAAGCGCCAGGAGGCCCUGCCCCACCUCGUCUCCAUCUCUGACAACACCUAUCAGUUCAUGCUGACUGAUCGAGACAACGAGUCCAUCCUCGUCACCGGAAAAUCCGGGGCUGGGAAGACAGUGAACACGAAGCGUGUCGUCCACUACUUUGCAACAAUUGCGGUCACUGGGGAGAAGAGGAAGGAACAGCGGCCGGGCAAGAUGCAGGGAACCCUGGAAGACCAGAUCAUCCAGGCCAACCCCCUCCUGGAGGCCUUUAGAAAGGCCAAGACCGUGAGGAAUGACAACUCCUCGAGAUUCGGGAAGCUCAUUCGCAUUCACUUUGGGGCCACAGGAAAGCUGGCGUCAGCGGACAUUGAAACCUAUCUCUUAGAAAAAUCCAGGGUGACAGUUCAGUUAUCCCGUGAGAGAAGCUAUCAUAUUUUUUACCAAAUCAUGUCAAACACGAAGCCGGAACUUAUCGACCUGCUUCUCAUUUCAACCUACCCCUUUGACGUCCCCUUUGUGAGCCAAGGAGAGGUCACUGUGGCCACUAUUGACGACAGCGAGGAACUGUUGGCCACUGAUAAUGACACUGACAUCCUGGGCCUCAGCUCAGAGGAGGAAGUUGGGAUCUACAAGCUCACAGGCGCCAUGAUGCACUACGGGAACACGAAAUUCAAGCAGAAACAGCGGGAAGUGCAGGCAGAGCCAGACGGCACCGAAGUGGCUGACAAAGCUGGGUACCUGAUGGGUCUGAAUUCUGCAGAAAUGCUGAAAGGCCUGUGCUGUCCAAGGGUGAAGGUUGGGAACGAAUAUGUCACUAAAGGGCAAAAUGUCCAGCAGGUGACCAAUUCGGUGGGCGCUCUGGCCAAAGCCGUCUACGAGAAGAUGUUCCUGUGGGUGGUCACCUGCAUCAACCAGCAGCUGGACACCAAGCAGCCCAGGCAGUACUUCACUGGGGUCUUGGACAUCACUGGCUUUGAGAUCUUUGACUUCAACAGCCUGGAGCAGCUGUGCAUCAACGUCACCAACGAGAAGCUGCAGCAGUUCUUCAACCACCACAUGUCCGUGCUGGAGCAGGAGGAGGACAAGAAGGAGGGCAUCGAGUGGGAGUUCAUCGACUACCGGAUGGACCUGGCCGCCUGCAUGGAGCUCCUCGAGAAGCCUAUGGGCAUCUUCUCCAUCCUGGAAGAGGAGUGCAUGUUCCCCAAGGCCACAGACACCUCCUUCAAGAACAAGCUGUAUGACCAGCACUUGGGCAAGUCCAACAACUUCCAGAAGCCCAAGCCUGCCAAAGGCAAGGCUGAGGCCCACUUCUCCCUGGUCCACUACGCAGGCACUGUGGACUACAACGUUGCCGGGUGGCUGGACCAGAACAAGGAACCCCUGAACGAGAUGGUGGUCGGCCUGUACCAGAAGUCUUCGCUGAAGCUGCUGUCCUUCCUUUUUUCCAACUAUGCUGGUGCAGAAGCAGGCGACGCCAGGGUGAGCAAGAAGGGCGGGAAGAAGAAGGGCUCCUCUUUCCAGACUGUGUCCACUGUGUUCAGGGAAAAUUUAAACAAAUUGAUGGCCAAUUUAAGAAGCACCCGUCCUCACUUUGUGCGAUGUCUGAUUCCCAAGACUCCUGAAGGGACUCUGGAGUCCAUAGGAUCUGCACAGCUUGGCUGUACCUCCUUCCCACCUGGACGGGAAAGGGACUCCAUCUGCUGCAUCCAGCACAACACCUGAUCUUUUAUGAACGUCAAGCACUGGCCCUGGAUGAACCUGUUCUUCAAGAUCGAGCCCCUGAUGAAGAGUGCAGAGGCCGAGAAGGAGAUGGCCACCAUGAAGGAAGGAUUUGAGAGAGCCAACGAAGAACUGGCCACACCUGAGGCUCAUCGGAAGGAACUGGAGGAGAAAAUGGUGUCCCUGCGGCAGGAAAAUAAUGACCUCCAGCUGCACGUCCAGUCUGAAACAGAAAGCCUGAUGGAUGCCGAGGAACGGUGCGAGGGGCUCAUCAAAAGGAAGAUUCAGCUGGAGGCCAAAGUGAAGGAGCUAAACGAGAGGCUGGAAGAGGAGGGGGGGAUGAAUUCUGAACUGGUUGCCAAGAAGAGGAACCUGGAAGAUAAAUGCUCCUCCCUCAAAAGAGACACUGACGACCUGGCGCUGACCCUUACCGAGGUGGAGAAGGAGAAGCACGCCACGGAGAACAAGGUAAAGAAUCUUUCAGAAGAAAUGACAGCGCUUGAAGAAAACAUUUCCAAACUGACCAAAGAGAAGAAAUCUCUGCAGGAAGCCCAUCAGCAAACAUUGGAGGGUCUUCAGGUUGAAGAAGACAAAGCCAGUGGUCUCACCAAAAUAAAAGUCAGGCUGGAGCAGCAAGCAGACGACAGUAACGUGGAAAGAACGUGCCGGACUGUGGAAGACCAAUUUAAUGAAGUCAAAGCCAAGGAUGACCAACAGACACAGUUAAUCCAUGAUCUGAACAUGCAGAAGGCGAGGCUGCAGACCCAAAAUGGGGAGCUGAGCCACCAAGUGGAAGACAAGAAGGCUCUGAUUUCACAGCUAACCGAAAGCAAGCAGGCCCUCACCCAGCAGCUGGAGGAGCUUAAGAGGCAGCUAGAAGAAGAAACCACGGCCAAGAGUGCCCUGGCCCACGCCCUGCAGUCCUCCCGCCACGACUGUGACCUGCUGCGGGAACAGUAUGAGGAGGAGCAGGAAGCCAAGGCCGAGAUGCAGAGGGCGCUGUCCAAGGCCAACAGCGAGGUGGCCCAGUGGAGGACCAAAUACGAGACGGACGCCAUCCAGCGCACGGAGGAGCUGGAGGAGGCCAAGAAAAAACUGGCCCAGAGGCUCCAGGAAGCAGAGGAAAACACAGAGGCUGUGAGCUCCAAGUGUGCUUCCUUCGAGAAAACCAAGCAGAGGCUCCAGGGAGACGCGGACGACCUGAUGCUGGAUUUGGAGCAGGCCAACACCGCCUGCGCCUGCCUGGACAAGAAGCGGAGGAACUUCGAUGAGGUCCUCACAGAGUGGAAACAAAAAUUGGGAGAGUUGGAAGCUGCUCAGAAAGAGUCCGGGUCACUUAGUACUGAAAUCUUCAAGAUGCGCAAUGCCUACGAGCAGGUGGUGGGUCAGUUAGAGACACUGAGACCGGAGAACAAAAUUCUGCAAGAAGAGAUUUCCGACUUAACCGUGCAGAUUGCGGAAAUGAGCACGAAUCUUCAGGAAGUGGAGAAGACCAAGAAGCAAGUGGAAGAAAAGUCAGACCUCCAGGCUGCCCUAGAAGAGGUGGAGGGUUCCUCGGAGCGUGAAGAGAGCAAGAUCUUGCAUGUCCAGCUAGAGUUGAACCAGGUGAAAUCUGAGCCUGAGAUCACUGAGAAGGACGGAGAAAUCGAGCAGCUGAAAAGAAACAGCCAGCGGGCAGCAGAGGCCAUGCAGAGCGUGCUGGAUGCUGAGAUCCGGAGCCGGAAUGAUGCUCUGAGGCUGAAGAGGAAGAUGGAGGGGGACCUCAGUGAGAUGGAGAUUCAGCUGCGCCACUCCAGCCGCCAGGUGGCAGAGACCCAGAAACACCUGUGCUCAGUCCGGAGCCAGCUCAAGGACUCCCAGCUGCAUCUGGAUGAUGCCCUGAGGGGCAAUGAGGACCUCAAGGGGCAGCCGGCCAUCGUGGAGCGCAGGAAUGGCCUCUUGCUGGAGGAGCUGGAGGAGAGCAAGGUGGCCCUGGAGCAGACGGAGCGGACCCGUAAGCUGUCGGAGCAGGGGCUGCUGGAUGGCAGGGACCGCGUGCAGCUCCUUCACUCCCAGAACACGUGCCUGAUAAAUAGCAAGAAAAAACUGGAAGCUGACAUAGCCCAAUGCCAGGCAGAGGUGGAGAACUCUAUCCAGGAGUCCAAAAAUGCAGAGGAGAAGGCCAGGAAGGCCAUCACGGAUGCGGCCAUGAUGGCCGAGGAGCUGAAGAAGGGGCAGGACACCAGCGCCCACCUGGGGCGGAUGAAGAAGAACCUGGAGCAGACGGUGAAGGACCUGCAGCACCGCCUGGACGAGGCUGAGCAGCUGGUCCUGAAGGGCGGGAAGAAGCAGAUCCAGAAGGUGGAGGCGCGGGUAGGGUGGCGGGAGAGGACUCUCACUCCCAGAGAGUCACAUAGCGAGCUAGAGGCUGCGCAGAAGAGGGGAGCCCAAACCCUGAAGGGCGCGCACAGAUACGAACGGAAGGUCAAGGAAAUGACUUACCAGGCCGAGGAGGGCCGCAAGAACAUACUCAGGCUCCAGGACCUGGUGGACAAGCUGCAGGCCAAAGUGAAGGCUUCCAGGAAGCAGGCGGAGGAGGCCGAGGAGCAGGCCAACACACAGCUGUCCAGGUGCCGGAGGGUCCAGCGCGGGCUGGAGGAGGCCGAGGAACGGGCGGACAUCGCCGAGUCCCAGGUCAACAAGCUGCGGGCCCAGAGCCGCGACAUGGGGGCCCAGGUGAGAGCAGACUUCCUCCCCAGACGUCCUAGGACCCAGGACCAGGCAGCACCCAGCAGAGUCUGGAGGGUGCCUGUCAGUGCGCCUUCCCCUCUGCUGGUCGUGCAGCCACAAGACCCCGUGGUUCCAGGCUCACAGGAGCAGUGCAGGACCAGGGGCCAGACCACCCUAUCAUGCCCGCCCCUCCCUGUUGCAAGAGGCGCUGCCCAAGAAGCCUCUGCUUUGGGGGGGAUUCACCCCAACUCCGGGAGCUCGACUGCUUUGUUUUUACAACGCGCGAAGGGCGAUAAAGCCACGCCUGAAUGUUUUCCUGAGGCUCCAGCAUCUCCAGCUGCCCCCACUUGA